UAGGUGCUCGAGUCAAGGGCCAUUGCAGAGGAACUACCUAGAGCAGACGACAUCUUCGAAAAGGGUCAAGACCAGUAUCGAAAAGCUAUCGACAGCCCCCUUUCAAGAGAUUCUCGGACUGAUUAUGGCGCGCUUUUCUAUUUUGCUGCUUCUGGUUGCGAUAACUUACGUGCACACCAGCGAAGGCAGAUCCUUUGAAGAACUUUUCCACCAAGUUUGGGAAGAAGCUGAUUAUGACAAGCUGACAUUGGUUUACUUUUGGGGGCCUUCCUAUUGUGAGAGGACGAAAUGUACCAUCCCGAUUACAGCUCAGAAGAUAUGGACGAUACAUGGUCUAUGGCCUUUCAAGAGCAAUGUAAAAGAUUCUCCAAGAUUCUGUCCAGGAACUUACGACAGUAAAGAUAUUUCUUCUAUAGAACCCACGUUGAAAAACAAGUGGCGGGCCUACACGACUGGUGGAACCAAUGACGAACUAUGGAAACAUCAGUAUUUAAAGCACGGUACAUGUGCCAGUGAUUUGCCAACGUUUGACUCUCAACUCAAGUACUUCCAGGGUACCAUGGAUCUCUAUGACAAAUACGAUAUAAAAACAAUCUUGGCAAAUGGCGACACUGCUGUAAGGCCCUCUAACGUUCUCUUAUAUCCAUUGGCAGACAUCACUUCAGCCCUAAAGAAGGGACUUGGCGUCGACCCUAAUGUCUACUGUAACGAGAAGAAGAAUGAACAGUACCUGCAAGAAGUUCGCAUGUGUUUCGACAAGACUCUCAAGCCAAUCACAUGUGGUAAUGAGCUAGUAGGAGGGGGUAAAUGCGGCCUCAAAAAAGUUAAACUCCCCCCUUUCGACAGCUUCAUGAUCCCCGUUAGUUCCCAGCAGGGAGCAUCCCACGAUCUCGACUUGCCAUUCCUGCUCGAUGUCGCUGACAUGGGUGCGAGGGAGAUGAUGAUGACGGGGGAAGAGGAAGAUGACGGCAGGCCUUUGUUGGAGACCCUCUUCAAUGACAUGUGGGAAAAGGAAGAAUAAGACGCGGGCUGUCUUUGGAAACUCAGUAACUUCUGUAACAUCUAUUACUAUGGGGAAUCACUCUUAAAGCUAAUCUUGAGCUCUGGUAUAUGGGAAUCGUAUGUUUAGAGAACAUGGCUAUAAUCUAUUCUGGAUUGUUCAUUCUGCAGUAAAUUGAUUGUUUGAACCAGUAAAAUAAAAACAAACUCACAAAACUUGCUGGAAAUCAUCUUUUUUUUUAAAGCGCAACUCUUCUUUGCACAUAGUGGUAUUGGGCCUACUUACCUUGAUUUCCUUAUCUUUCUUUUCUCAUUAUUCAGCCCAUGUAUAUUUUCUACCAAACGCGUUUGGCACAUGUCAUUUAUUUGUGAUCUUGAACAUUCAGUGUAAGUUUUG